UACAGUCUGACAUAAAAAUUUGUUAGCUCCUGCCAUAACUUUUAAAAUUGCUCAAACUAACACAAAAAAUGAUAUAAUAAGAAAGAAAUAACGUUUAGAAAAUAGUGCACAAUGGCCAAAUAUUAGAACGCACAUCGAUCCAUCAUCAUUAAAAAAAAUUGUGUUUUAAAAAAAAAAUUAAAUUAGAAAAUAGUCUCAUGUGAAAGAAGAAAGGAAAAAAAAGAAGCUCGUGAAAAAUCUGCCUCAUAAAAUAUGAGAUCAUUACUUUCUUCUUGUGUGACGACGACGACGAGGUGCGAGGACGAGCGACGAGCAAUGAACAUUCCUGUAGCAACUAGAGACUCUACAAAAGUUCUGCGGUGAGAUGUGCAACGUCGUCAAGUAUUUCGGGUGACGAGCAGAAAUUCAGUAGCAGCAGCCGAAGCAGAGAGCAGCAAAAAAAAAAGAAUAAAAUCCCAAAAAAAUCAAUUUAGUGGCUAUGUCUAUUACAGAUACAGAGAUACUAACGCGAGUUCCUUUAGGAACGUUAUUUUUAACUAUUAAUUUAGCACUAUUUUUACCGCAUAUAUCAAAUAGUCCACCAUAUGCCAAUGCGGGAUCUGGUCCCGGUGGAAGCUACCUAGGUGAUGUUAAUAUAUCUGCAAUAUUAGAUUCUUUUAGUGUAAGCUAUGAUAAAAGAGUAAGGCCGAACUACGGAGGACCUGCGGUCGAAGUGGGAAUCACGAUGUAUGUGCUGUCAAUCAGUUCGCUGUCUGAAGUUAAAAUGGACUUUACGCUCGAUUUCUACUUCCGUCAGUUCUGGACAGAUCCGCGGUUAGCAUUUAGAAAAAGGCCCGGCGUCGAAACGCUGUCUGUCGGUUCGGAGUUCAUCAAGAACAUCUGGGUGCCCGACACAUUUUUCGUUAACGAAAAACAAUCCUAUUUUCACAUAGCAACAACAAGUAAUGAGUUCAUUCGAAUUCAUCAUUCAGGUUCAAUAACAAGAAGUAUUCGAUUAACUAUUACCGCUUCUUGCCCAAUGAAUUUACAAUACUUUCCAAUGGAUCGGCAAUUGUGUCACAUAGAAAUCGAAAGUUUCGGAUACACAAUGAGAGAUAUCCGAUAUAAAUGGAAUGAAGGUCCUAACUCCGUUGGAGUUUCUAGCGAAGUAUCGUUGCCUCAAUUUAAGGUUUUGGGACACCGACAAAGAGCAAUGGAAAUCAGUCUAACAACAGGAAAUUAUUCACGUUUAGCCUGUGAAAUUCAAUUCGUUAGAUCUAUGGGAUACUAUUUGAUCCAAAUUUAUAUUCCUUCUGGACUGAUUGUAAUUAUAUCCUGGGUCUCAUUUUGGUUGAACCGAAAUGCCACUCCAGCUCGUGUAGCGUUAGGCGUAACUACUGUACUUACCAUGACAACACUGAUGUCUUCAACAAACGCCGCAUUACCUAAAAUAUCAUACGUCAAGUCAAUUGACGUUUAUCUAGGAACGUGUUUCGUGAUGGUGUUUGCCAGUUUAUUAGAAUACGCGACUGUCGGUUACAUGGCGAAGCGGAUACAGAUGCGCAAACAGCGCUUCAUGGCGAUCCAAAAGAUCGCCGAACAGAAGAAACUGCAAGCCGAGGGGAAUCAACAAGCGGUUGUGAACCAAUCGGGACCCGGAAGCGUUGUGAGCGGCAACGUGGGACGGCAGCGUGAUGAUGUGCGCGAUGGCAGCGAACAUAGCCACGUGCACGGACACGGACAUAGUCACGGGCAUCCGCAUGGCCCGAAACAGCAAAUGGGCAAUCGGCAGGGACAGGGCGGCAUGCCGAUGCAACAAAAUGUAGGUUCACGAGGUUGUUCAUUAGUAGGUCCAUUAUUCCAAGAAGUGCGAUUCAAAGUACACGAUCCUAAGGCACACAGCAAGGGGGGUACGUUAGAGAAUACAAUUAAUGGGGGGCGUGCAGGGCAAGGAGCUCCGCCCCCGCCUGAGCCUCCGCCAGAUGCCGAAGCGCCGCCAACGCAUUUGAUACAUCCAGGAAAGGAUAUCAAUAAAAUUCUUGGCAUUACCGCAUCCGAUAUCGAUAAGUAUUCUCGCAUAGUAUUUCCCGUGUGUUUCGUUUGCUUCAACCUUAUGUACUGGAUCAUAUAUCUGCACGUGAGUGAUGUUGUCGCUGAUGAUCUGGUCUUGUUGGGCGAAGAAAAGUAAACAGAAACAUUAUUAAACAAUGAUAUUAAAGUAAAAAUAAUAAUAAUAAAAAAUAGUAUUAAACGUAUAUAAAUAUUAAACCAAAAAAAAAAAUUAAUUUUUUGUUAAAAACACACAAAAACACGCGUUUUAACAAUGCACCCGGUUUCUAUACGUCUAAAAACACGUAGAAGAAAUUUUUUUUCGAAAAUUAUUAUUUUUAUUUUUUACCAAAAAAAAAUACAACAACAAAAAUAAAUAAGAAGCCGUGUGUCAAACAUUAAUGUAAUAAUUAUGUACGUAAAAUUUUAUAUACAACAACAAAAAAAAAAAUAUAAUUUUUAACAAAAAUUGUCUGAGAAUUGUCUACCCUUACUCUCCAUGGAUUGUCAGAUCUUUUUGUCGCCGCCACGCCGAAUCACACCUCGUCUAACAGGGUUUUUAUAUAUUUUAUUUAUUAUUUUUAUUAAAAUAUAACAUUUAUUAUUAUUAAUUUAGUAUAGAUAAAGAAAAACUGCGAAAAUGUCAAUUUUAAAAUUUGUUCCGGAAUGCAUACAAAAACGCUUCAUUUAUGAAUUUCAAAUAUUUCCUGGAUUUGGAUUGCUACAAAAAAAUAAUAAUAAAAGAACAAGUAAUUUAUAUUAGG